CCUCAAUUCGGCUAUAAAUUGUUGGGUGGCGCUGCCUCUCACCACCAUCAUAUUCUGACCCCUUCUAAGCUUUGUCCUUUUUUUUUUUUGUAACAGUCAUGUCUCUGCCAACCUCACAAGGUGCACAACCACCCUACAAUCAGGCCGCUGCCACUGGUUUUCCGGCGGCUUACAACCCCUACCCGAAACCCCUGGCCGAGGCUGAAUGGUCCACGGGCCUCUUUGAUUGCUUCUCCAACUUCAAAAACUGUUGCAUAACGUGCUGGUGCCCAUGCAUCACGUUUGGUCAAAUUGCAGAGAUUGUUGACAAGGGAUCAACGUCAUGUGGUGCUAGUGGAGCAUUGUAUACACUGGUUUCUUGUUUGCUUGGUUGUGGUUGCAUAUACUCAUGCUUCUACCGCAGCAAGAUGAGGAGACAAUACAUGUUGAAGGAGAGUCCAUGUUGGGAUUUCUUGGUUCAUUGCUGCUGUGAAACCUGUGCCUUGUGCCAAGAAUACCGUGAACUUGAAAACCGUGGAUUUGACAUGACCAUUGGGUGGGAGGGAAAUGUUGAACGAGGAAACCUUGGUGUAGGCAAGGUUCCAACUGCUCCAGCAGUUCAACCUAUGUCUCGUUGAGAAAUAACCAUAACCACAAUGCAUAGAUAUCAGUUCCACAUGCCUGGCCACGAUAC